ACACCGCACUCGGUGGUCGAUGAUCUGUUUGUGUAUCCCGGGACUCUGUGUAUCGCGUUGGUGGUCGGGGAGGUCAGCUGGGGGAGCUGCGUUACUCACCAACUGUCAUAUGACGUCACGUGACCCUUACUCAACAGCUUCUCUUCGCACGUGACCGCCAGACAGGGACCACGUGAUCUCAAGACAGCAGUCACGUGGUCAACUCAGCUCUCCCUCUCACUGCUUGCAACUCGACACCUUCAUAACCUUCAUUUGCAAUACGUUUCUACCUCAGCUGAUCAUUCAAUUUUGUUGAUCAUGUUGUUGCUUUGGUCUCUAAUUUUUCUGGUUUUGAAAACAACAGAAGGUGCACCUUGUGGUUCGAAAUACCCACUGCACUGCAAAUGUGAUUUUGACAGUCACGAGAAAGUCAGAUCUGUCAAUUGUACCGACGCUGGGUUGACGGAGUUUCCGGACGUAGACAUCUCAGUGAGAACUCUGGAUUUAUCUGGAAACCGAAUCACCCACCUGAAACAAAAAGAUGGCGGGAAAAUAUACAAAGAUCUUUUAUCCUUGACUCUCAACGAUUGUCAAACCGAGCUCAUCGCCGAGGGAUUCUUCGACCAGUUUCCGUCAGUAAACAUCGUGAAGCUCAAGGGAAACAAACUGACGAACUUACCCAACAUAUCCAGCUCCUCAUCUGUUAUCCUGGACAUGACUUACAACCAAGUCUCCCGAGUUAACAACUUUUCUAACCCUACCCUCAGCAGCCUGUACUUGGACUUCAAUCAGCUAACAGUUCUGCACCAGCAAGAUCUCAACAACUUACCAGAUCUCAAAGUACUGACCCUGAUGUACAAUUCCAUAGAGAAGAUUCAUGAAGAUGCUCUGUCCCCCUCCAUCUCUCAUUUAUCACUUGGAAGUAACAAGUUGACGGAAGUGCCCGAACUCAACAACCUCAAAACCUCUCUUCUCUCCCUGUCUAUCGAGAAGAAUAGACUGCAGAAUUUCGACAAUGUUUUACAGUAUGAAAACUUGGAGAACUGUACGAUGGCUUCCAACGUGAUCGGACAUUUCCCCCAAAACCAGCCCCCAAACACCCGCUCUGCAAUACGGGUUCUGGUCCUGGCCCAAAACUCGAUUGACACCAUCUGUAAGGAAGAUUUUGAGAUGUUUCCCCAACUUAAUUAUCUGCAACUGUCCGAGAAUUCUAUUUCAUAUGUACCGGAUCACUGUUUCUCUGAUCUACCUCUACUUCGAAAAUUAGAUCUAAGCGGGAACUCUAUCAAGAAUCUAACUGAAACAAGUUUGAGAAAAACGGAACAGCUGGAGACGUUAUAUCUACAACAUAACUCACUUCACCAUUUAGUCCUACCGUCCAGGCAUCUUCCGAACCUUCACGAACUGGACGUUAGUGGAAACAAGCUGACUGAACCACCCCACUGUUCGACAUCUCUUCUCCUUCUCUACGUCUCUGAUAACGAAAUAUCCAGGCUCCCUGCUAAACACUUCAAGUCUGCUGGUCGUCUGAAAGAUCUAGACUUGAGUCAUAACAAAAUUGAAUGGAUUGAGAAAGGACUUCUGAAACUGAUGCCCGAAAUUGACCGACUCCAUCUUGAGGGAAACAAGAUAUCAUCCUUAGAAGAGCUGGAAUUAUCUGAGAACUCGUUUCUCACCAUGCUAGACUUAGGGAGUAACGGCAUAAGCCACGUCCCUGAUAACUUCUUCGAUCAGACAGCACUGACAACUCUCAUCCUCUCCAACAACAAGCUCACCAUCUUCAACAACAAAACCCUCGCCGGACUGGCUGGGACCCUGAGGUUCCUGGACCUCAGUUUUAACGUUGAUCUCGAGGAGCUGUCUCAUGUUGGGCUCUCUGCCGUGGAUACUCUUAAACUGGAGGGUAACGUUAAAUUGGUUUCCAAACUGCCGCGUCAGGGUCUUGAUGCUCUGAGAAGAGCCACCGUUCCCUUUCCUGUCAUGUGCUGCUGGUUCAAGAAAAUCAAAAGGAAUUCCCAAAAGAAAGAAGAUAAAACAACUACCGGGAAAUUUGUGUCUGGACACUGGAAGGAUGAAGCUCCAAUCGAUUAUAAAGCAACCUUUAUUACAGCCAUCAAACAACCCAAGAAGGGAGGAGAGGAUGGUACGAGCUCCUACAUAACCCCCACCUACAUAACCGGAACAACUGAUUUCCAGUUCUACAGCGACAGAUUACUAGAACUAAAGAGCAGUGCCAGCUGGUCGACUCACACUGCAAUGACCAUGACAACGUCUCCUUUACCCUCCGCCACCACCACCCAGCCACCCCGGCCCAAGAGGGACGCUGCUGAUUUGACCUGGACCCCCACACCAACGUAUUUGAAGUUCGGGGAUGUAACAGUUAUCAACUUCGAGGAGCUGGAUAAAGAAGGUGAUAACGGCACUAUACUAAAACUAGCUCCAAUUACUGACGAGCUACAUUGCACUCCGCAACCCGACGAGUUUAAUCCCUGUGAAGACCUAAUUGGGAACUGGGUACUAAGGAUGGGUGUUUGGAUCGUCUGCACUUUGGCUGUGCUGGGCAACUUGACUCUUUUUACUAUCACCAUCUUAUCCACUAAAAAGUUUACCCCAACCCGGUUCCUAAUAAUGAACCUUUCCUUCUCGGACCUCUUCACUGGUAUUUACCUUAUGAUGCUCGCUAUUGUGGACGCUAAAACCUAUGGUCUCUACGAAGACUUUGCUAUGGACUGGCAGAAUGGAGCCGGCUGCAAGAUUGCAGGGUUCAUGGUGACGUUUAGCAGCGAGUUGUCAGUCUUCACACUAACAGUGAUCAGCGUGGAGAGGAUGGUCACGAUUAUCCACUAUUCCAACCCCUACAAACACCUUAAAACCCGCCACAUUGCAUUUGCUAUGCUGAUUGGAUGGAUUAUCUCUGCUACAGCCGGCGCUCUUCCACUUCUCGGAUUUUCUGACUACAGCCUCGUGGCAUUCUGCCUUCCUUCACAGACUGGUGAUGGAAAGAGUCUGGCUCUGAUACUGUCCCUGAUGGUGAUAAACACAAUCGCUGUCACUAUUAUCAUCUACUGCUAUCUCACGAUAUUCUGCAACGUGAGGCACCUCCAAAAGCCGCUGGAUAACGCAGAUUUCCGUGAAACUCUGAGGAUGGCACUGAUUAUCCUAACAGACGUGUUGUGUUGGUUGCCUAUCGUGGUUUGUGGAGUCAGCGCCGCCCUAGAGAAGCCACUGAUAACGACCUCUAACGCUAAGAUCCUUGUCGUUUUCUUCCUGCCUCUGAACGCCUGCGCUAACCCAUUCCUAUACUCACUCUCUCGAGCUGGAUUCAAGAAGGACUUCCUCUUUGUCCUGGAUAAGAUGGGUCUCUGCAAGCAGGCUUACUACAUCGCAAGCAGAAGAAAGAGUGGCAUGGACCUUGACCUGAAGAAGAAGUUGCAAGCCGAAACGAAGGAACUGAGGAAACCAUCUCAAGACAGCACGAGCACAACGAGAAGUAGUUCGGGCUACUCCUCCGACAGCAGCUACAUCAAGCAACUCGUCAACCAGUUCAAAUCCAACAUAGGAUCUGUAGAGGAAACAAGGAUCUGGACACUUGAAAAAGGAAGAGAUGUGUUAAACUAUAAACUAGUUUUGUAGUUUAACGACGAAAUGAAGGACUGUUCGAAAAAGAGUUACACAGAUUAUUGAGGUGUUGCAGAUGAUGAUGUGAAGAUGAGACACGACGAUAUGAUAGGAAAUGAGUUUCAGGAGGUCACUCAUGGACAGUGAACUAGACGAGCAAAUGACUGCGAGAGCUUUAUAGUAGCACUAUGAAAUGACAGUAGGUAGCGUAGGACUGCUUUUCAAUUUUUAUUAUUCCCAUUGUUUUAUGCUAAAUUUCACUUUUAGUUUUACGUUUUAAUUUAUUCAUAUUGAAGAUCGCUAAAUGAUUAGCUUGUGAGAUCGUGCAUGCAGUAUUAAAAACACGAAACCAAUUUUGCUAAUGAUAAUGAUGGUUAUGUACUUACAUACAUUCAUCAUGUGUUUUAUUCAACCUUUAUAAUUAUAGUAGCAUUCACAUUGAUUUAACUUUAAA